UAGUGUUACUCACAGUAAAUUUUGCUCUGUAAAACAAACUUGCUAACACCGUCAAAACUCUUGUAAGCAAGCACAGCCGCAUGCGGCAGGUUUGGAAGUCAGGCCGGCAUCGUGGCUGAGUUCCAAAUAUGCCUGCUGUUCACCAACGCCUUCAUCGUUCUGCACGACUUGGAGGCAACCCUCCAGUGCGCUGUAGCCUGAGAGCGAUGGACUCCGCCGAGCCAUCCACUACCGCCAUCUAUCUUACAGUGGCCCCUCCACACAUUCCAAAUGUGCUGCCAGGGCUCAGCCCCCCCCCUCAUAUCACUCCACUAAGCCGCCGCCAACUUACAGAUUCGCAAAUCAUUCCUCCCCUGCUAGCGCCCACAGAUCCCAUUACUUUUGCUGCUCUCGUUCCUUCUGCCCCUCCCACAGAACCCAUUACUUUUGCUGCUCUCGUUACUUCUGUCCACCCCGCUCUCAUUCCUUCUGCCCCUCCCGCUGUAGCUUUUUCUGCCCCUCCGGCUGCUCUCAUUCCAUCUACCCCUCCCGCUGCUCUCGUUUUUGGUUUUUGUGCUGUUCAUGCUCCCACGCUCUGUUUUGAUCUCACGGUGCAUUUAUUUCACGCUCAUUAA